AUGAAGCUGACACUCAGGGACAAAAUAGUAGCUGCUCAGAAAAAUGAUCCUUUUUUGGAAAAGAGAUUUGAAAUAGUCGAAGAUAAAACCUUGAUGGGAAGUAUAGCCUUGUUUGUGUCCAAAUGUAUGGUUUGUCAACAAGUAAAAGUUGAACAUCAGAGGUCGUCAGGGCCAUUGAAUCCUAUGGACAUACCCGAAUUGAAGUGGGAAAAGAUUGCAAUGUGGGUUUUCCUAGAUCAUUCGGACAACCUAUACUUAGAACAGUUUGUACAGAUUUAUAUUAGAGAGAUUAUGCGACUUUAUGGUGUUUCAGUUUCUAUUGUAUCGGAUAGAGAACCAAGACAAUUUGAACGAAUUAUCCAAGUGCUUGAAGAUAUGUUGAAAGCUUGUGUCCUAGAUUUGGGUGGCAAGUGGAAAGACCAUUUGCCGUUCGUUGAAUUUGCAUACAACAAUAGCUUCCAAGCUAUUAUUGGCAUGGCACCAUAUAUGAGGCUUUGUAUGGUCGUCAAUGUCGUUCAUCAUUAUACUGGGACAAAGUUGAGCUAUGCUAACAAAAGGAGAAAGGAAUUGACUUUUGAGGUUGGAGAGAAAGUGUUUCUCAAAGUGGCACCAAUGAAAGGAAUACUACGAUUUGGGAAGAAAGGGAAAUUGAGUCCAAGAUUUAUUGGUCCAUUUGAGAUUCUUGAAAAAAUUGGGAAUGUGGCAUAUCGUUUAGCAUUGCCACUCAAACUAUCAGCAGUGCACGUCUUUCACGUUUCUAUAUUGAGAAAGUACAUUUCAAAUCCUAACCAUGUGGUGAUGUUCGAUCACUAG